AGUCCGGUGAGAUUCACUGCUGUGACGGGGACUUCUGUUUGUCCGCUCAUUCGCACCCAGCUACACCCUUCCGUACCCAUGUUUAAACUUUGCCCAGACCUCGGUGGCAAAGUGCUAGCCAACUGUUUCGAUUAGCUUAGGUGAGAAUGGGAGAGUUGCUUGCUGAUUGGCUAAUGUAAGCUAACAGCAUUAAUUGACAGCUAACAGUAGUUGGCAAACUGGCUUUACUAAAUGUUCCAAAAGUUUUCUUGCGCGUAUGGACUUUGCAACACAGUUUUCAUCUCCCUACGGCUGCUGUUUUGAGACCCAAUGUUGCCACGGAAAGAACCAGGGAAACUGAGACAAAGCACUCCGUGAAUGAGUGGUGCACAAGACAGAGAAACACAAAGACACAGAGAGGAGAGACCCUUAUUCUGCAUAAUUCUCGUGUGACAGAUUACAGCAGAACUCGGCGGUCAGACCGUUGCCAUGUCGACCUCAUCGCUACGGCGACAAGUAAAGAACAUCGUCCACAACUAUUCAGAGGCUGAAAUCAAGGUGAGAGAGGCGACGUCCAAUGACCCAUGGGGCCCCAGCAGCUCUCUGAUGUCAGAGAUUGCUGACCUGACCUACAAUGUUGUGGCCUUCUCGGAAAUCAUGAGCAUGGUGUGGAAGCGCCUCAAUGACCACGGCAAGAACUGGAGACAUGUGUACAAGGCUAUGACUCUUAUGGAGUACCUGAUCAAGACCGGUUCAGAACGUGUUGCCCAACAGUGCAGAGAGAACAUAUACGCAGUCCAGACCCUCAAGGAUUUCCAGUACAUAGACAGAGAUGGCAAGGACCAGGGGGUAAAUGUGCGAGAGAAAGCCAAACAGCUGGUGACAUUGCUGAAAGAUGAGGAGAGAUUAAGAGAGGAGAGGAUCCACGCCCUCAAAACCAAAGAGAAGAUGGCACAAACCUCUAGUGCCUCCUCAGCUCCCUCAGCACCCAGCCUGGGGGGCAGCCUGUCAUUGGGCUCCCAUUCUGGAGGGGCAGAUCCUGAGCAGGCUUGGCCACAGAGCUCUGGAGAGGAAGACCUGCAGCUCCAGCUGGCUUUGGCGAUGAGUAAAGAAGAGGCAGAGCAGGAGGAGCGACUGCGCAGAGGUGAUGACCUGAGACUGCAGAUGGCCAUCGAGGAGAGCAAGAGGGAGAAACCGAAGCCAGAGGAGAGCGCUCUAAUGGAGCUAGGUGCCGUGGACCCGUGGGGGGCCCCUGCUGCUGCCACUGUGGGCUCGGCCGGCCCCUCGCCUCCACCCACAGUUUCUGCGCCAGCUGCUUCGGGCCCGUGGGGCGCAGCCCCGUCAGACCCAUGGGGGGUAGCAUCACCCACAUCUCCUACUAGCUCUGACCCUUGGGGCGGGGGAGCCCCACCCACAAUAGCCCCUCCUCCAGACCCCUGGGGAGAGACGUCCAACAAAGUUAACAACGUAGACCCCUGGGGAAGCUCAGCUGUGACCCCCCCAAGUGCCGACCCCUGGGGCCCCCCAGUGCCUCCCAGCACUUCCUCCUCGGGGGGGCCAGUAGACCCCUGGGCAAGGGACGGGCCUGUCCCUGCCUCUGACCCUAUCACCUCCGACAUCUGGAGUGGCACCGCCAAACACACUAACGGCACAGGAGAACCGGAGCAACGGGAGUCCUCAUUAACAGGCUCACCGGUGCCCUUCGACCUGUCGUCUCUCGGUUCUUCACUUCCUGUUCGUAAGACUCCAGAGUCCUUCCUCGGCCCCAAUGCAGCACUGGUGGAUCUCGAUUCCCUGGUGUCGUCUAAACCGAAACCCAAACAGCCGCCGCCUCCCUCCAUCUCUUCCUCUUCAGCGCACAACCCCUUCCUCCAGAACACAGGCUCAUCUCCUGCUCCUGGCAUGGCAGUGACACCAGGCAGCACCAUUUCCAGUAGGGGGGUUUCCCCAACACCUGCCUCCUCAAACCCGUUCGGCGUGGCCCCGCCCAUGACCUCCAUCUCACCUCAGCCCUCAUCACUGGGCCUGAGUGGCCUCCGCAGCAGUCCUGUGCCUCCCAAUCCCAUGCUGGGCAUGGUGCAACCAGGAAUUGGCAUAGGGCCAAUGAGUGUGGGUAUGGGGGCUCCAGGAUUGGGCCUGGGCAUGAUGCAGGCCAGCCCCAUGGGCAUGCCCUACAGCGGUCUCUCCCCAAUGGCACCCCCAGGCUCGGGUCUGUUGGGGCCUGGAGGUGCAGCACCUCCUCAGCUGAUUUUGGGUGGGCCCACUGGAACAGGAGGAGUGAUGGGGGCAGGAGGAUCAGUGGGAGGCGGAGGAACGACGGGAGCAAGCACCAACCCUUUUCUUCUUUGAGAAAGCGUCACCACUCCUUGGCUCACCUGUUGCAACUUUCUCUGUCAUACCUGCUGUCCCCUUCAUUCAUCCCCCUUCAACACAAUUUGUGUCCAAAAAGAAAAAAAUGUCUACAUCUCUAUAUUUAAAGAAAAAAAAAAAAAAAUCAAAAAUUCAGUUUAUCUUUUCCUUUGAAAGCAUUAUUUCAUUUCAGAAUAAUUUUCCGCAUAGUUACAUUCAUUUCAAUGUGGGUUAUUUUUGGGUGGGAAAUAGAGAUUUAUUAGAAAGAUAUUUAUUUUGUUUUAAUCCUGUUCUGUUCCAUAUCGUUCUUCAUGUUUUGUUUUUUUCUUUCAGUCCUGUCUGAGAUGAAGGUAAGUCUUUGAGAGCAGGAGGCUUUUCAGUAGUGUCACUCUAUUCUAGUAUUACUGCACUGAGAGAGAGAAGGAGGGGGAGGGGACCUAGCCACUAACAAACUGAACAGAGAAACUGUUGUACCUGUCUCCUCCUCUUUUCUCCCUCUAGAAUGAAAACACUGAAUCACUGAAGUGAAAUGAGUGCAUGAAGGAUGAUUUUUAACGAACUUCAGACUGAGAUAUGGACUGAAAAACCUGCAUUAACAUUUCAGGCACAAUGUUGUCAAAUCGUUUCAGCUAUUUCACUUUUAAUUUAAUUUAAUGUUACAUGUAAUUUAUUUUUUUCCAAUUUUUGGGAACAAAUAAACAAGGAAAAUCAAACA